AGGGCUGGGAGCCUGGUGAAGGAGAUGCAGGGCCAUGCCUGAACCACCCCCCGGAACCCCCUGAGCCUGCACCCCUACCACAACCCACUCAAGCACCGCCUGGAACCCAGAUACCACCCCCACCAUGGGCAGCAAGGAGCGCUUCCACUGGCAGAGCCACAAUGUGAAACAGAGCGGCGUGGACGACAUGGUGCUGCUGCCUCAGAUCACCGAGGAUGCUAUCGUGGGCAACCUCCGAAAGCGCUUCAUGGAUGACUACAUCUUUACCUACAUUGGCUCCGUGCUCAUCUCUGUAAAUCCCUUCAAGCAGAUGCCCUACUUCACUGACCGUGAGAUCGACCUCUACCAGGGCGCGGCCCAGUAUGAGAAUCCCCCGCAUAUCUAUGCCCUCACCGACAACAUGUAUCGGAACAUGCUCAUUGACUGUGAAAACCAGUGUGUCAUCAUCAGUGGAGAAAGUGGAGCUGGGAAGACGGUGGCAGCCAAAUACAUCAUGGGCUACAUCUCCAAAGUGUCUGGCGGGGGCGAGAAGGUCCAGCAUGUGAAGGACAUCAUCCUGCAGUCCAACCCGCUGCUCGAGGCCUUUGGCAACGCCAAGACUGUGCGCAACAACAAUUCCAGUCGUUUUGGCAAGUACUUUGAGAUUCAGUUCAGCCGUGGCGGGGAGCCAGAUGGGGGCAAGAUCUCCAACUUCCUGCUGGAGAAAUCCCGCGUGGUCACGCAGAAUGAAAACGAGAGGAACUUCCACAUCUACUACCAGCUGCUGGAAGGAGCCUCCCAGGAACAGCGGCAGAACCUGGGGCUCAUGACCCCCGACUACUAUUACUACCUCAACCAAUCAGACACCUACAAGGUGGACGGCACCGAUGACAGGAGCGACUUCAGUGAGACUGUGAGCGCCAUGCAGGUCAUCGGGAUCCCACCCAACGUCCAGCAGCUGGUCCUGCAGCUCGUGGCGGGGAUCUUGCACUUGGGAAACAUCAGCUUCUGUGAAGAUGGGAAUUACGCCAGGGUAGAGAGUGUGGACCUCCUGGCCUUUCCUGCCUACCUGCUGGGCAUCGACAGUGGGCGGCUACAAGAGAAGCUGACCAGCCGCAAGAUGGACAGCCGCUGGGGUGGGCGCAGCGAGUCCAUCGAUGUGACUCUGAACGUGGAACAGGCAGCUUACACCCGCGAUGCUCUAGCCAAGGGGCUGUACUCCCGUCUUUUUGACUUCCUCGUGGAGGCCAUCAACCGUGCUAUGCAGAAGCCCCAGGAAGAGUACAGUAUUGGCGUGCUUGACAUCUACGGCUUCGAGAUCUUCCAGAAAAACGGCUUUGAGCAAUUUUGCAUCAACUUUGUCAAUGAGAAGCUACAGCAGAUCUUUAUCGAACUCACCCUGAAGGCUGAGCAGGAGGAGUAUGUCCAGGAGGGCAUCCGCUGGACCCCCAUUCAGUACUUCAACAACAAAAUCGUCUGUGACCUCAUUGAAAACAAGCUGAGCCCCCCAGGCAUCAUGAGUGUCCUGGACGACGUGUGUGCCACCAUGCACGCCACAGGCGGUGGCGCCGACCAGACGCUGCAGCAGAAGCUGCAGGUGGCCGUGGGUACCCAUGAGCACUUCAACAGCUGGAGUGCCGGCUUCGUCAUCCACCACUACGCUGGCAAGGUCUCCUAUAACGUCAGCGGCUUUUGUGAGAGGAACCGAGAUGUUCUCUUCUCCGACCUCAUAGAGCUGAUGCAGACCAGUGAGCACGCCUUCCUCCGGAUGCUCUUCCCCGAGAAGCUGGAUGUAGACAAGAAGGGCCGCCCCAGCACUGCUGGCUCCAAGAUCAAGAAACAAGCCAAUGACCUGGUGGCCACAUUGAAGAAGUGCACACCCCACUAUAUCCGCUGCAUCAAACCCAACGAGACCAAGAGGCCCCAUGACUGGGAGGAAAGCAGGGUCAAGCACCAAGUUGAGUACCUGGGCCUGAAGGAGAACAUCAGGGUACGCAGGGCAGGCUUUGCCUAUCGCCGCCAGUUCGCCAAGUUCCUGCAGAGGUACGCCAUUCUGACCCCCCAGACAUGGCCACGGUGGCGCGGGGACGAGCGUCAGGGCGUCCAGCACCUGCUGCGUGCAGUCAACAUGGAACAGGACCAGUACCAGAUGGGGAGCACCAAGGUCUUCGUCAAGAACCCUGAGUCACUCUUUCUUCUAGAAGAGAUGCGAGAGCGCAAGUUUGAUGGCUUUGCCCGCACUAUCCAGAAGGCCUGGCGGAGCCAUGUGGCAAUCCGGAAGUAUGAGGAGAUGCGAGAGGAAGCUUCCAACAUCCUGCUGAACAAGAAGGAGCGGAGACGAAAUAGCAUCAAUCGGAACUUUGUUGGAGACUACCUGGGGUUGGAGGAGCGGCCAGAGCUGCGUCAGUUCCUGGGCAAGAGGGAGCGUGUGGACUUCGCUGACUCGGUCACUAAGUAUGACCGCCGCUUCAAGCCCAUCAAGAGGGACUUGAUCCUGACGCCCAGAUGUGUGUACAUGAUUGGGCGGGAGAAGGUGAAGAAGGGACCGGAGAAGGGCCAGGUGCGUGAGGUCCUGAAGAAGAAGCUGGAGAUCCAGGCCCUGCGGGGAGUUUCCCUCAGCACGCGGCAAGACGACUUCUUCAUCCUCCAAGAAGAAGCGGCCGACAGCUUCCUGGAAAGCAUCUUCAAGACGGAGUUUGUCAGCCUCCUGUGCAAGCGCUUUGAGGAGGCAGCACGGAGACCCCUGCCCCUCACCUUCAGCGACACACUACAGUUCCGGGUGAAGAAGGAGGGCUGGGGCGGAGGCGGCACCCGCAGCGUCACUUUCUCGCGUGGCUCCGGCGACGUGGCGGCGCUCAAAGCUAGCGGCCGAGCCCUCACCGUCAGCGUGGGUGAUGGGCUACCCAAAAGCUCCAAGCCCACACGGAAAGGAGCGGCCCAGGGAAGACCGCGAAGAUCGGCCCCGGGCCCUUCUCGGGCGGCGCCCGGGCGCCCCAGGGGUCUGGACCGAAACGGGGUGCCCCCCUCUGCCAGAGGAGGCCCUCUGCCCCUGGAGAUCACAUCUGGAGGGGGCUCUCAGCGGCCUCCCCAAGGCCCUCCACCCUCAGGCCAGAGGGCCAGCAGGCGCCCCCGGGCACGGCCCCCCUCCGAGCACAACACAGAAUUCCUCAAUGUGCCUGACGAGGGUGUGGCCGGCAUGCAGAGGAAGCACAGGAUAGGGCAGCGACCGGUGCCUGGUGUGGGCCGACACAAAGCCCCAAGCCACAGAACCCUGUUCCUGCGUGCCGGGCAUUGUUAUCAAGAAUGUGGAGGAGCCUGGGACUCAACAGCACCCUCUGUUUCCUCAGGGGUGGGGUGGGUGGUGCCUCAUACUUUCUUCUAUCCCACAGAUUCCUCAGGCUGGUGGAAAGGCCGGCUGCAUGGCCAGGAGGGCCUCUUCCCUGGAAACUAUGUGGAGAAGAUCUGAGUGGGGGGCCCAGGAUUCUGUCCUUCCGCCUGCCAGGGAGCCAGGCCCUGCUGGCAGGGGGUCUCCUUUCUCUUAGCUGCAUUAGCCAGAAGGUCCAGUCCUGUGGCCUCCAGCCCAGCCCAGGCUCUGGGUGGGUCUGAGGGUCAUCACUGCAGUCACCUCUGGGCCCUGGCCUCCCGUGUCACACCCGUUUCCUAGUGUGUCACAUAGGGCUAACAGCAGAGCCUACCUCCCAGCUGCCUUGUGAGUAUGAAAUGAGUCGUAUCCUAGCAGCAAAGCUUGGGGAAAAGUGGAGAGGCCUUCACAAGUGUGACCUCCCUCCUUCUCCACUGAGGCAAUAAAUGUUUGCCGGAUAGAAGUAU